AUGAGAUUUUCUCAUUUUUUGAAAUAUAAUGCUGUACCUGAGUGGCAAAAUCAUUAUGUGGAUUAUAAUGAAUUGAAAAAUUUGAUUUAUACUUUACAAACAGAUGAAUUAGGGUUGAAUAACACUGAUGAUCAAGGUGACGCUGUUUCCAAUCUAGAUAAUAACCUAUCUAAUUCUAAUGAUUUGAAUCUGGCUGCUAGAUUGAAAAGAAAAUUAUUUUCUUCAAAGAAUAAUACUCCGGUAUCAAGCCCAGCAAGUAUAGUAGGAGGCUCUCCAGGCGAUCCUUUCAAAGAUGAUUUGGAGGCUAACUAUACUAUAGGUGGAAGUCCUAAUAAGAAAGAUGAUAUGGUUCAAGAAGAAACUAUUGAAUUGCAAGAUUUUAAAGGGUUGCCACCACCUGCUACCACUUCUGGGAAGCACGGUGCUGAAAGUUCGCGUUUGAAAAGAUUAUCCCCAUUUAAGAAGGUCGUCAAUAAUAAAUUCUUCGAUUCUUCAAGAAGAUCGAGUGAUUCAAGCGAUGAUAAGACUCUUUUCAAUACUUAUGAUUCCUUUUACAAUAAUCUAACUCAAGAAAAAUUGAAAAUUGAUGAUUUUUAUAAAAGAACCGAAGCUAAGUUUUUCCAAAGAUUCGAUACUUUAAUUGCUGAUCUUGAAAAAGAAAGAAUCCUUUCGUCUUCUUCUCGUCCUUCUACAGUGAAUUUACAAGAAAUGAACAGCAACAGCAACAGUAUUAAUAAUGCUAAUAAUGAAAAUCAACAAUUCGGUAACGAACUAGAAGAAGAUGAUGAAGAAGAAGAAGAAGAUGACGAUGAUUUUGAUGAUGAAUUUGGUAAUACUCAAGAAGAGACCGCUUUAUUACAUUAUAGAGAAUUUGAUAUCAAAUCUCAAAAGAAAUCCAUCUUAAAGAAAAAUAUCGUUAACCUUUAUAUCGAUUUAUCUCAAUUGAAGGCCUUUAUUGAAUUAAAUAAAAUGGGGUUCAGCAAGAUUACCAAGAAAGCUGAUAAAGUAUUAAAAUUCAAUAUGAGAGCUGAAUUGAUUCAAACCGGUGAUUUCUAUAGUGACACCUAUAUCUUUCAAAAGAAUACUUUCACUACUUUAUCAAACAAAAUUAAUCAAUUGAUCGAAUUUUAUGCAAAGAUUACCUCUUUGAAUAAUGAUCAAUUGGCUAAACAAGAAUUGAAAUCAUUUUUACACGAUCACAUCGUAUGGGAAAGAAGUAACACAUGGAAGGAUAUGCUAGGCUUAUUAUCUCAGGAAAAUACUUUAGACCCAGAUUUAGAUGCUAGAGACCCAAACGCUGCAGUAUUAGGGAAAUUGCAACUGGAAUAUUUUAAAAUUCCAUUACCAACUUCAAUGUAUAGUGAAAGGUUUUUCCCAUUUGAAAACAUAUUUGUUCCAAAAUUAUUUUUCACUUGGAAGGCUGCCAAGAUUGCUUUUGUUAUCUUAUUCACAGGUAUUCUUUUAGGGGUAAAGACCUUUAAUGAUCAUGUCGAAGGUCGUUGUAUGGCCUUAGUGGAAUGUGUCGCUUUACUUUGGGCAUUUGAGGCCCUUCCUUUGCAUAUUACCGCUAUGUUGGUUCCAUUGCUUGUUGUUUUGUUUAGAGUGUUGAAGGAUACAGAUGGUAAUGUCCUGGGAGCUGCUGCUGCAUCAUCAAAAAUUUUGGCAUCUAUGUGGACAUCAACAAUUAUUAUUCUAUUGGCUGGUUUCACAUUAGGUGAGGUGCUAGCGCAAUAUAAUAUCGCCAGAGUCAUAGCAUCAUGGUUAUUAGCAGCUGCAGGUACAAAACCAAGAAAUGUUCUUUUGAUGGCUAUGGGUGUAGUGUUCUUCUUAUCAAUGUGGAUUUCCAAUGUUGCAGCACCAGUGUUGACUUAUUCAUUGUUAAGUCCAUUGCUAGAUCCUUUGGAUGCAGAUAUCCCAUUUGCAAAAGCUUUGGUUCUUGGUGUCGCCAUCGCUGCAAACAUCGGUGGUAUGUCUUCACCAAUCUCUUCUCCUCAAAAUAUUAUCUCAAUGGAAUAUUUAAAACCAUAUGGUAUUAAUUGGGGUCAAUUCUUUGCUGUAGCUCUACCAGCUGGUGUCAUAGCCAUGUUAUUCUGCUGGGGUAUCCUAUGUGCCACUUUCAAGAUUAAUUUGACCAAAUUAGAGAAAUUUAAACCAAUUAGAACAAAAUUUACUUUGAAACAAUGGUUCAUCUGUGCUGUGACUAUAGCAACAAUUAUUUUAUGGUGUGUUGAAGCACAACUUGAAAGUGCUUUUGGUUCCUCUGGUCAAAUUGCCAUUAUUCCUAUUGUCAUAUUCUUUGGUUCUGGUUUACUAUCUACAAAGGACUUUAACACGUUCCCAUGGUCUAUUGUUAUGCUAGCCAUGGGUGGUACUGCAUUAGGGUCUGCUGUUUCAUCUUCAGGUUUAUUAGCUACUAUUGCUAAAGCUUUACAAAAGAGAAUUGAAAAAGAUACAACGAUGGCUGUCCUAUGUAUCUUUGGUGCGUUAAUGUUAGUUGUCGGUACAUUCGUUUCUCACACUGUUUCUGCUAUUAUCAUUAUCCCACUGGUCAAAGAAGUUGGGGACGAACUUGGUGAUCCAAAGGCUGCUCCAAUCCUUGUCUUCGGUUGUGCAUUACUUGCCUCUGCGGGUAUGGGUCUUGCAUCCUCUGGUUUCCCUAACGUCACAGCUAUCUCAAUGAACGACAAAAAUAAUAAACCAUACUUAAAUAUGGCAACUUUCAUCUCAAGAGGUGUACCUUGUUCCAUUGUUGUGUUCCUGUGUAUCAUUACAAUAGGUUACGGUAUUAUGAGUUCCAUUUUGCAUGGUGUUCCCUCUGCAUAA